AGCCCACAAACCUUCCAAGCAACACAAGCCCACAAACUGCAAGGAGAGCUAAAGCCACCUUACACAGCUGAAGUGUUCUGUUCUUCAAGCUGGAAAACCAGAGGCUAAGUAACAUGAUAAGCAGACUUUUCACUUGUGUGCUGGCUUUAUUGCAUUUCUGCCUUUCUUCUGGCUUAUAUCAACCGGAGACGUUGCCUGAUAUUGGAGAUGCAGAGUUUAUUGAGGAAUGUGUGAGAACGCACAACAGAUUCCGGUCUGGAGUGAACCCCCCAGCCAGCAACAUGCUGUACAUGAGUUGGGAUCCAGACUUGGCGAAGACUGCAAGAGUGCAAGAUGCCAUCACUUCUUGGUACAAGGAGGUCAGAGACUACACAUAUACCACCAAUAGCUGUAGCAGAAUAUGUGGCCAUUACACACAGGUCGUUUGGGCUCAAAGCUACAAGGUUGGAUGUGCUGUCCACUUCUGUCCCACAGUGUCAUACUUCUCAGGAACCAAUGCAGCACAUUUCAUCUGCAACUAUGGGCCAGCUGGGAAUUACAGAUGGCACCCAUAUGGGACAGGAGCAGCAUGCAGCAAAUGCAACGGCGAGCGGUGCACUGAUAAUCUGUGUCGAAAUACCAAGCGUGACAAAGUCAUCAGUGAUUCCAGGUGGCACCCAGCCUGGGACAGACCUGCCUGCGAUGAAUACUGCAUCUCCGUGGUUGUUUUAAGGCUGUUACUACUUAUUCUGACAAUCGUAGCCACUUGGAUCCUACCCAAAUACUGGUCCAUAGCACCUGCCACCAAGUAAUUCACAGGAGGCUGGGGCAGCACUGAGCUUGGUUCAUCCACUCCCUGUGCUUAAGCUACUGGCAGCACUGAGAUGGAUGGAGAUGUUGUUUGCAUCCACAGAUCAUUCUGAAAUACAGAAACACCAUCUCCAUUUCAUGGAGGAGCUGGGAGAGCUGAUAAGGAGCCUUCUCAUUGUUCAGAAUCAAUAGCUGGUUUUAAAUUACCUGCUUAUUUUUCUAAAGUGGAGCACUGUGGCAGAGAUGGGUACGCCAUGGAACAGCUCGCCACACUUCCCAGGUAGGGAGUGGGGCGUCUGCAGCCCAGCAGAGCACACUCCUCUAUGCCUAUUGCACUCUCUCCACACAUACUGCUCCAGUGAGAUGCAGCAGCAUGGUUUUGGGUAGCCUGGAGAGAUAUAUAUGUAUAUUUUUUGGUCAUUUGUAGCUUUUUUUUUUUUCCUCAUAAUUUUUGGGCACAGGUGAGUUCCAGCAUGUGCAUCCCACAGCAGGCAGUGUGUUUCCCCAUAUCGCACUGCACAGGGACCACUGGCAUUUCUCUUUGCUUAGAAUCUGUUUUCAAACACACAUCAUCUCUGCCAAGACACAGAGCUUCACCCGUGUUUAAAUGUGACUCUACACCACUUAAACGCCCUUGUUUUUCUCUUUCUGAGCAUGAGGUUUUUUUACUUCUGCUUCAAACAAUAAACCACUAUUUCCUGCCUCCUA